UUCAUAAACAUUAGUCUCAACAGCGGUAUUGUCCUGGCAUCUUGAUUCAUUGUUUAAAAUGGCACGAGUACUUAUUAUUUUGUGUUGCGUUGUUGGAGCAAUUAUUGCUGAGGAAUACAGCAGUAAAUAUGAUAAUAUUAAUGUACAAGAGAUCAUUGACAACAAGAGGCUAUUGGAGUCCUACGCACACUGUGUACUGGAUAAAGGAAAAUGCACUCCUGAAGGAAAGGAGCUUAAAGAGCAUAUUAUAGAUGCGUUGGAAACGGGCUGCUCAAAAUGUACUGAAAAACAGAAGAGUGGUACUGAGUUGGUUAUUACUCAUUUAGUGAACAAUGAGAGAGCAAUCUGGGAGGAGGCAUGCGCGAAAUAUGACCCCGAAGGGAAAUACAAAGCGAAGUAUGAGGAUCUGGCGAAAGAAAAGGGAUUGAAAAUAUAAUAGUAGCAAAUUCACUAUGUGUUUCUGACCAAUAAUUGAUUUUCUUAGAAUGAUUCGAUUGGCAAUUUAUAAAUAUAUUUUUUGUUAUGAGCAUUUAAAA